AUGAAUGCAUCAAAUUUCACCCCUUGGCCUGAAUGGUGCGGACACCCUGAGGUUUUCUUAGAGAAGAUUCGGAGUGAACGGCACAGGACAAGCAUGGAUGAAUUGCUGUCGCUUGAGCGCUGUCUCUGUAUGGCAUUGUCUCUCGUUCGAAGUUCCACAUGCCCCAUCAAUAGGCUACCCAUAGAAAUUCUCGGGGAUAUUUUUCUACUCGUGAUGCGUCCGGUGAAGCCUAAGCACGCGUUCAUCUGGAAUUCUUCCCGUCUGAGGCACACACGGGGACUCACAGUUUUGACCAAAGUAUGUCGUCACUGGCGAGACGUCUGCACUAACUUCCCAUUCCUCUGGAGCCAUAUUUCUGGCGCACCCCGAGAUGCCGACCCUCCCAUUCCGCUGUUUCUGCAGCGCUCCAGACCUGCACCGUUGACAGUGUAUCUGCCUGCGAACUCAAUUCCUUCGGCGUUAUCUCUAUUAGAGUUAGAGUCAGAAAGCAGUCGCAUACAAGAACUAUUUGUGCACUCCUUCACCGAGGUCGCGGGCCUCCGUUAUUCUCCUGCUCCAGCACUAGAGCACCUGACGCUUCGUGCUGACUACGUGGUUCCUCGCGCUCAUCAGCACAUCAUUCUCUUUGAUGACAACGUACCUCGGCUCAAAACGUUGUCCAUACAUACCAUCGAUUGGCUUCCGAGCAACCAUUUCGCGUCUAUCACACAUCUGUGCUGCUAUUUCAGUGCCAACCACCGCCCUUACGACGGCCCACGAGCAUCUGACCUCCUUGCGAUGCUUGCUGGUUCUUCGAGGCUGGAAGACAUCGUCUUCGUCUUCCCGACUUUCGCACUGCAUCCACAGAACUGCGGAAGUCGCCCAAAUGCUAAACUCGACCAUCUACAGCGACUAGCCCUCGGUGGAAUGUCUCCGACGUGGUUGUCGUGGCUUUUCUGCCACGUCGACAUGCCUGUGAAUGUCGCUAUGCGAAUAUUCCAGGUGAAGUCUCGGCAUAUCUUCAGAACUGUGCACGUUCUGGCUCAAGCUCUUCUGCAGCACAGUUCCACGCUUCUGGAGCUUCGAGGGUCACCAACCUCGUCUUCUGCCAUUUUUGGAACAACCGCCGCAGGUUAUUCCACGGGCAUCCGUAUCGACGUGAAUGACGAGGAUCAUAAAUUUCUUCAUACUCCAUCACUGCUGAGCCAGCUGUGCUCGCUACGCGGUGUGCAGGAACUAUACAUUGAUAUCGUCGAUUUCACCUCAGAACGAACAAUAGAUCUGGGUCCGCUGCUCCAGUUUCUGCCCUCGCUUUCGAAAUUGGCAUAUCGGCACCGUUCACCUUCAUGGCAGCUGUCCUCAAGUUUGCUCCGCUUUCUCAAGGAUUGUCUGGGAGCAGAGGGCGGAGAUUCGCCGUGUUGCCCAGACCUUGCUGUCCUACACGUCAUUGUCGGAGACUCACACUUGAUAUUCAACACUGUGGUAGAGCUCGCAGAGGCUCGGGCAGAUGCUGGGAUUCCUCUACGCGAAGCUGUCGUGGGGUACGAAGGAGACGGAUUAGACGGAUGCGCUUUGGGACAAUUUGUCCAGAGGGUUGAAAUGCGUCCGGACCACAGGCUGUCCAGAGCACGAUGGCCCACUGUGUGCACGACACGGACUCAUCGGUACUGGCCGGCGUGGUGA